AUGAAAUCUAUUAACCCUAACUACCCAGCUCAGACACUGGAGGAAAACAUCAUUCUUGAGAUACAGCUUGAUCCUGGUCCAAGUCCAACAACACAAGAUGGAAUUUCAGAGGAAGACUUCUCUCCUUUAGAUCAUUCCACAUCAACCUCCCUCACGGAUACCAACACAUCACUUUCUUCAAGUGACAAUGACGACUCCAGUAGAAUAGAACAUGGGACUCCCAUAGGCAGACGUACAUCCAGCCAAGUCAUACCCAGGCCUACCACAGAGGUUUCUGAGUCAGAGGCUGCAAAAGAGAUGGUAUAUAAUGCCUUGCUUUGCAAACCUGGGGGUGAGGAUGUCAUCGAAGAGUACAAGGCAGAAAAGUCACUCACUCACCGCACCUGGAGACAGCUUGUCAACAUAUUGGCUAGCCAUAUGACUGAAAGCCAUGGGAGGAUGCCUUCCCGUAAACACAAGGAAAAGUAUGCCCUGGGAAUUACAACACUCUUCCCUUUACUAAAGGAUCCCUUUUCUCCAAAGGGCUAUCUGAAUCAAGACUUCCUUCUGUUGUUUGGACCUGAAACGGCCUCCAAGAUGCUUGAGAAGUGGGACACAACAUUCAGGCCCAAGGUCAUCAAUGAGGCCAAACACCUAACUCAGUCAGUUGAGCUGUGCCGACUUCUAAAAGCUGCUGAGAAACUGGCAGAGAACGAUGACACCGCUGGAUGGAAGAGGACCCAGAUAAGCCCCAGUGAUGCAGUGGACAAAAUGUUGCACUUUCACAAGUCAUGCUGCAGCUUGGAUGAACAUCUUUGCGGAAGAGAUGGCAGACAACCAUACAUCCUUGCUGUUGGUCGAACCAGGAACAGGAUUGACACCUUCUACAUUGUUGUGGACAAACAGCUCAUCCCAUGCCAAGCCACUAGCUCUUUGGGUGCAUUUGAUGAACUGUUUAAAUCCCACUACGUGUUCAACCUGUCAUACGAUGAGUACCUGGGCCAGCUCUUCACCUUCAUGCAAACAACAGUCUACAAUAUUGAUGUAGCAACAACAAAUGAGUCUCCCAGAGUUCGUGAGUUUCGUACUAAAGUUUUCAACUGA